AGGAAGAUCCUCAUGCGCCACGUAGUAGUCCUCUUUCACAUGCUCCUGCCAAUUACCAAACCAAAGUCACUGAUCCUACUGGAGCAGGUGGUGGAGAAAUUGAUAUCACCCCAGUUGAGAGAUCAUUGGAAAGAAUGAAUAUCCAAAAUGAGCCAAGAGCUGACCAAGAAUCCAAGGUUCUUCCAACUAUUUCAGAGACUCAAUAUCCUUCUCAUCUUGGUGGGCUUGGCCACCACAACCACCGCUUUUCACCUGAGCUUUCAACAGCAACCAAAACUCCAUUCCCAAUAGCUGAUAAAAGCCAUGAUCAGCACUUGCCACACUUGUCAAGUGAAAUCAAAACUCAAUACCCUUCUGCUGGAAGCCAUGAUCAAUUCGUGCCGGAAUUUUCUCACACACACUACUCUCCAAUUAAAAGCCAUGACCAAAACUUGCAACAAGAGUCAACAGUUCAGUAUCCUUCUACUGAAAGCCAUAAUCAGUUUUCAGCAGAAACAAUUCCUAGAAGCUCUAAUAUAUAUGAACAAAAUCCUCAGCAAGAACCAGCUUCCGACACCACCAAGGCUAGAUUUGAAGAACAAACCCAACCACCUUAUGAAGCAAUGGAGAAACCAUCAAGUCAAAGUAGUUACACUGACAAAAUCUCUUCAGCUACUUCAGCCAUAGCUGAUAAAGCCAUUACUGCUAAAAAUGUUGUGGCCUCCAAGCUUGGAUAUGGUGAGAAAGAUGAUAAAACAAAGUGCCAUGAAGGAAUCACAAGCAGUGAUAAACCAUCGAACCAGAGCAGUUACACUGAGAAAAUCUCGUCCGCAACUUCAGCAAUAGCCGAUAAAGCUGUGUCAGCUAAGAACACCGUAGCUUCGAAACUAGGUUAUGGCGACAAAGGUGAGAGCCACGAAGAGACACGAGGAGAGAAUGCUGCUGCUGCUACUUCCACAACAGAAUAUGGGAAGAGAAUAGCACAGUCCUUGACAGAUAAACUUGCACCGGUUUAUGGAAAGGUUGCUGGUGUAGGAAGUGCAGUGAAAUCAAAGGUUCCUGGAACCUCAACUGGGAGUGAAAACGACAAAGGAUGGUCAGUGAAGGACUAUUUUGCAGAGAGGUUGAGGCCUCAAGAUGAAGACAGGGCUCUAUCUAAGGUUAUAUCAGAGACUCUGCAUCAUAAGAGGAACCAAGAGGAGGAAAAUGUGGUUCAUGGGGAAGCAGAGAACCAUGUGAAGAGGGUGGUUUCUGAUGCAGUUCACAUGAGAGGAGAAGAGGAGGGGGAGGAGGAGCAUGAGAGAAGGAAGAAGAUAUCAAUGGGGAAGGUGAGAGAGUCUGAAGAAGUGAAGAGAAGGUUGGGGAGUGGGAAUGAAGAGACAGAGAGGUAUGAAGAGUGUUAUGUGAAUAGUCCUGGGAAGAGUGUGGUUGAUAAGGUUAAGGAUGUGGUUUUUGGUUCUUGGUUCACGAAACCGGAUGAAGAUCAACCGUCAGAAGGUGGGGAACAGUUUUCCAAGAACUCUGGUGCUGUUGCCAUGGAUCAGGGGGUGAACCAGGCUACGGAUGUAAGAGGACUCCAUGAGUCAUAUAAGUGAGAAAUGGUGAAUUAUAUGGUAAAGAUGUAAGUU